UGCCACCUCCUCCACCACAAACUGCCCCGUGAACCCAGAGGCUCCGAAGAUAACCAGGUGGUAGGGCCUGUUGGAUGAUGUCUCAACACGCGCCAUAGUGACAGCUAACAGGCUGGAGGAUCUCACUGCGACGGUACCUUCACCUCUCACAGAGACUGACUGGAGAGAGUACGACUGCGUGCUGCAGUUUUGACAGCGCUGUUUUCUACUUCCGUAGCAACAUUAUGCUAAUAUGCUAACAGACAUUAACAACAGCGGUACUUUUUUUUUGCUACCGAAACAGUUGCAUAUAAAGAAAGUGUGUUGCGUUAAGUGUUUUUCCCAACAAUUUAUGUACUUCUAGUAAUGCUAUAAGUUAGUUGUGCUUUAUUUAUUUUUUACAUUCGUAUGUUAGUAUGACAACUUCCUGGAUUUUCUACCUGGGUUUUCUCAUUGGCCUUAGUUGAAGUCGCCUGUCAAUGACGACAAUCACAUGCGCCUGCAGCACCACGAGAGUUGCACCAACAACUGACGGGGGUCGGCUACUCAAUGUCACGGAGUUUUACCAGCAAACAGGCAGACAAUAGCCACUUGUAUGUCACCAAUGUGGUUAUAUUUUGAUAAAUAUAAGAUCAUCUUCGAUAAGGUAUGUCUGUACGAAAUUAAAACGUUUUAGUUGUAAGCGUACGGCUAGCCAGUCGGCUAACAACUUAUAUAUUGUCAGUAUCAUGAAACUGCUCAACGCCUCCCCUUAACAGAUUGUCUGCGAGGUUAUUUUGUACCUCUUGGCGAACUUGUGAAUAUACAGGAUUUAGGACCGGGAACGCUUCUCCAGUUAGGCCGAUAGAUUUAAGCCAUCAAGUUUACCUUCCCACGUGCCAGUAGAGCACAUUAUACACAGUUUGGCAUACGCGUGUUUUUGUAUUACGAUAUUAACUUAAUCACAUAAAACAUUUAAAGCCUGUCAUUUAUAAUUUAGUAUUCUAUGUUGGUGUCACUUCAAUGCCUGCUAUUCACCUUAACAUCAUUGGUCCCUUUACCUCCCCAUUCCCUCUAGGCAAUGGCCUCUUGAAGGGGUCCCCCGACCUUCCUCCCCCUCUCCUCUGUAGUUACAGGUCCACUGGUCCACCAUGUCUACCCAGAUCUGUAGGGUGGUAGACCUGAUGAUGCGCUCUGCUUGCUACCAGACCAUCAGAAGUAGGUCCUGUUUGCACAAAGCAGUGUUGGCCCCUGUGGGUCAUUAUGGCCUUUGUGUCCCUGGGGCUCCUAUGCUUCAUAGAAGGGCCUACAGCCUGGAUUCUCUCUCUUCGGGUCCUGGUCGGCCCACACUGGGUCCAACCUCCCAACAGCCCCGUGCAGAGAGGACGUCCCUCUCCUCAGCACUCACACACCGGAACCUGUCUGCUGUAGCUGUACAGGGCCAAUGUCGUCCUCUGUGCCGGUACGACUUCCUGGACCUUGGUGAGGUAGAGGAGAAUGUACGCCGUGCUCAGGCCUGUAAAAAAAUUAGACACUUCAUAGUGGACCCAGACCUGGCUGAAUUGGUCACACAGCAUCUCGGAUCUGUGGAUGCUAAAAGUGUUAUCUUCGACUGUAACCCAGGUCUGGGGGUGUUGACAAGGACACUGCUGAGUGCUGGUGCUCAGAGAGUUGUGGCUCUUGAAGGGGAUAGGUUCUUCCUACAUGAUCUACAGGAGUUGGAAGGUCGUCUUGAUGGUCAGCUGGAAGUGGUUCACUGUGACUAUUUCAAACUAGACCCCAUUGGCAGUGGAAACCUUAAACCCCCUGUGAUGUUCACGGACAAACUCUUCACUGACCUGGGAAUAUCAGAAGCUAACUGGACUGAUGACAUCCCGGUGAGGGUAGUGGGUAUCCUGCCUCUGCGUAAUGAGCGUGGAAUGCUGCUGAAGAUGGUUUACGCUUUGUUUGAACGACUGUCUGUCUACAGAUACGGAAGAAUAGAGCUCAACCUCUUCAUAAGCGAGAAGGAAUACCUGAAACUGGUGUCACGUCCGGGUGAAAUGAUGCACUACAGAGCCUUCAGUGUCCUCUGGCAGAUGGCCUGUGAUAUCGAACUACUGCACAAGGAGCCCUGGGAGUCAUUUGUGAGGUCUUCAAAACAGAGAGUACCAAGCUCCAAGGGCACGCUUCCCAAUGACCACUUGUGCCUGGUGCGUCUGCGUCCGCGGGCUGAUCUGUUCUCUGCAGGCCUCACUCCGUCUAAUGCUUCAACUCUGCUGAUGAUGGUCAAACAGUGUCUGGCAAAGAGGAAGGUCAAGCUCAUGGACCGGCUCAAUCUGUGGUCUCCAGAUAGUGGGAGUAAGCUGCUAUCGGAGAUGGGCAUGCCGGAGGACAUACUGACGGGUCAUGUAUAUCCAGAGGAGUAUCUUCGACUGUUCCAGCUGAUGGACAAGAGUCAGGAGUUCACACAGAGCUGGCUUUAUGAAGAGAUUUUGGAGAACACACAGAGGGAGGGUUGGGGCUGAUGAUGGACACACAGGUCUUACUAUUGUUUUAUACAAAUUGAAUACAAUAUAUAUGAGUUGUAUAUGUAUAAUAUAGUGAUGAUGCAAUAUAAAAAAAGAAUGUGUAAUGUAUUAAAACAGGCGCACAGAAGAUACAUACAUUUGUGCAUACAUGCAUACAAGAACAGAAAAAAGUAGUAACAAGUGAAAUGUUCAUGAAAUGGAUGCAGCAGUGAUUAAAAAAAAAAGUUGCAGAAUAAAGGUCUGCAUGUUCAAGGGGGCUGGGGAAAAAACAGCCUCAUGGGUGCACCAGGUCAUGCAAAUGAUAUUUUAAUUCAGAAAUGUGCAUAUUAUCGAAUGAAGUAUGCAACUGCAGUUUUGUUGAUGCAGUGGAGUGGCAGCAGUGUCACAACACAUGUAUCUUGUUUUGCAUACUUUUCCAAACCUGUAAUAACAGUGCAGGAAGAAGGUGGAAGCAAGUCUUUGUAUUUAUUUAUAUCCCUCAUGUGUUCAUACGAUUUCAAUGUCUGAAAUGUCAUGUCUUACGGACUGUGUAAACUGUGUGCAAUAUGAUUUGUAAGAAAAACAUUAAAUCAUAAUUUUGAUAUAUAGUGUGUGUGUGUGGGAGUACAUGGUAUCAGCCCUGUUUUAGUAAGUGCUUGAACCUUCAAUGCUCUUAUAUUGAAUCUAUUACUCUUCUUUCCUGGUUGCACAAGGUGAACACAUGGUGAUUAAAUGGGUUAAUCAUA